UCAGAAUUCCUACUAAUAAAAGUGGUGACGAGUACAGGAUCUGUUUAUAGACACAGUUGGUGUGAUCUGUCAAUUCAAAACUCAAGUGAUCCAGACUCAAUUGAUCCUGGUAAAUCAAGAUACCUUGACAUUUUCCCCAGGCUUAACGUACACCUGGACAGUUCCUGCGUGAGCGAUACUCUACAACUAUAAAGUAAGCAGGCUACACCAUGGCGUGUAGUGCUAUGCCUAACCUGGAUCCAUUUGUGUUUGACCCGCAGAGUGAUGAGCCCACCGCUCUCAGUUCCAAAUGGGAUAAAUGGCUGAAACGUUUUGAAAGAGCUAUGGUCGGUUAUAACAUUAAUGGAGCAAAAAGAAAGCGGGCAUUGCUAUUGCAUUACGGAGGUGAGCAACUUGAGACUGUUUUUGAUACACUUUCUGACACAGGAGAUGAGAAUGAUUAUGAGAAGGCAAUAGAAGCUUUGACGGCUCACUUCGUUCCAAACCCCCUCCAUGAAACUAUCAUCUUCUUCAGGAGUUUGAAACAGAACCCGGAGGAAAACGUUGAUCAGUUUUGUACUCGUCUCCGAAAUGCAGCAGAAAAGUGUGAGUUUGGUGAUCUGAAUCGCCAACUGAUCAUACAAUUCAGUAUAGGAUGCUCUUCAAUAGAACUUCGGCGUGAAGCACUUGACAAUAUUCUUGUCGAGAAGGCGUGCAAUCUACCACAGCUGUUAGACUUCACACAGUCCCUUGAAUUGUCAAACAAACAAGCCGAUGCCGUUCAAAACCAAACCGACAUUCAGCAAAACCCUGACAAACUUUCUCAGAGUCAGACUCAACACAUCGGUGACAAACCUACCCGUCAUGAGAGCAAAGACCAAGGAGUUCUCUAUGAUGAGAGCAGACAUAAGCCAUUGUACGACAGUACCAAGAAUAGACCUACACAGCAAAACGGAAAUAGUGCAACUCCGGUUUCAGUGUCAACCUCCAAACAAUUGUUGCAUAAAAACGGCCAAUCAAAGAAAGCAAAGUUCAAUCCUGAACUGGAAAAAGAGAUAUUGCAGAGUUACGAGGAAUUUAAAGACAGAAGCUACAUGGCUACGGCAAUUAAUAUCAGGAGAAACAGCGCAAAUUUGGCUGAUUUUACACCGUUACAACUGUCAGAUAAAAUUCGUCGUUUAGUGAAUAAUAAAAAAGAUCAGAAGAAGACUUCAAGAACUCGACGUGCUAGCCGCAAGAUAUCCGAUGAUGAGCUCGAGUUUAUCCGCGAGCAAUGCAAUGAUGAGCCCAAAAACUCUGAACUAUUCUCAUAGCAAGGG